UGUUUUUUUCUUAUGUUUAGGUUGAAGUAUACAAUAACAGAUAUUUUUAAAGAUUGUUUUAAAGAAGAAACAAGUAUUUUGCUUUUAAAAUUUGUAAAUAAUUCACAUCUUCAUUCUGUUGCAAACACGUUUUCUUUGCAGACAUGUUUGUAUGGAAUCGAUUUUGUGCUUUCAUUGUUUUGAAGUUAUGAAUAAAGUGAAAGAUAUUGGUAAGAAAAGCUAAAUGAUAAACAUGUUAAGUCGACUCAAGAUGUGAUCAAUAUGCUUCCUCUAAAGGACAACUCAAGUUGUUCCAAAGCAUUUUAUUUUCUUGUGGCGAUUUCACUCUUCAUUAUUUUCAUUGUGUACUUUAAUGCUGAGGUUAAGGUCGUGAACGUACAGCCUUAUAAACAUUCUCAAUAUGUCAUAACUGAGGAAAAAAUAAACUUAGAUAGACAUAUCGAACUGUUACGGAAAAGCAGCACUUCGAAUGCCAUAUUGUCAGCAACUUCAACAACAACAAACAGCACAACCUCGACAACAACGGUCAUUUCAACCUCGACAACAACGAUCAAGAGCUCAACAGUUCAAAAGAAAAUCAUUCUUGUGUACACUAGCUUUUUUGGAGAUAAACCUUGGCCAUAUUACCAACCGCAUAAAGACUACACUAAAACAUGCGGAUGUGAUUUUGUUCGAUGCGAAUUGACUUACGAUCGAAAUAGAUUUAGUGAGAGCGAUGCUGUCCUUUUUCAUGGUAGGGAUAUGCCCUCAUUAGGAGAGCUGGAAAACCUAAUGAAAAUCCGAAAUCCAAAGCAGAGAUGGGUGUAUUUUGUUUUAGAAAAUCCAUUUAACUCCGCCAACGUGCAGCCUUUAGAUAAAUACUUUAACUGGUCCAUAACUUACAGGUUAGCAUCAGAUGUACAAAUGCCAUACAGAUGGCAUAAGAAACUUACGCACGAACUUCCUCCAGAUCGUACAAAUUACGCACUAGGCAAAACGAAACAAGUAGCAUGGUUUGUUGGUCAUUGUGGAACAUUACGCGACCAAUUGGCUCGCAAACUAGAAGAGCAUGGCAUAACUAUCGACGUUGCUGGUGGUUGCGCUAGACGAUUUAAUCACAAAUUAGCUUGUCCGGAUAGAGAAUGCACUACUGAACUUAUAAAAUAUAAAUUUUAUUAUGCAGCUGAAAAUAAUUUAUGCGAGGAUUAAAUCACAGAGAAAUAUUGGAAUCAAGGUUUUCGCGCAAAUGCGAUACCAAUUGUACUUGGUGGUUCAAACUAUUCGAAUCCAAAAUUAGCUAUACCUGGCUCUUUUAUAGAUGCAAUGAGUUUUAAAACACCAAAACAUUUAGCAGAACACUUAAAAGAGAUUGAUCAAGACGAUAGAAAAUUUAACGAGUAUUUCAAAUGGAAAACAAAGUGGAAGUUAGUCUCUCCGCCGUACGGUUGUGACGAGUCUUUGUGUAACCUAUGCACUAAACUCAAUGAUGUCAUAAAGAGUGAAGACAAGCCUUUAGCUUCUUAUAUUAGUACGGAAAAUUGUAGAAAACCUGAAAAUUAUUUCCGAUCGUGGAUAAAUUCUUGACAAAAUAUAAAAAAGUCCUACAAAAACGUUUUAAAUUUGGGCCUGGCUUGAUGGAGAAUUUGUUAGCUUUUAAAAUCAGUUUAGAUAUUGUAAAGAACUUGAAAAUAAUUAUAUUUAUUGUCAGUAUUUGAGUUAGAAAAUAAAUUUCAUGCAAAAUU